AUGCUCGGUCACAGUACCAUCGUUGUUCGAUGCUAUCACGUCCGUGGCUUCUUUACGAAGCGCUCGCGGCAAUGUGUGUGUGUGUGUGUGCGUUUUGUUUUUGUUUUUGUUUUUUUUUUUUUUUUCCUAACCCUGACAGAGGAAUUGUGUAACUCGAACGUGGGUUUUAUUGGGCAUUGAAAAGGAAAGGUGUAUGCCGAUGACAAUGGCGAAGAAUGUGGAUUACUGAUGCCGAUGAUGUUGAGCUAGACCCCACAAAGGUUAUCGAAGUUAUGGGGUAGUGAAGAACUACAUUUUGCAAAUUGGUAUCAGCGGGACGACUCUCAAGGUUGAGCACGAUGGAGACGACGGAGAAGAUUGAGAAGAUGGAGAAGGUGGAGAAGGCGUCCUACGAGGGCGUGGCGAAAAUUCGGAGCAAUUUGGAGGACUUGAUGGCGCGGAUGUUGGCCUUGAAGCGCGAUGGGCAGAUUAUCAAGGGCUCGGUGCAGAUGGGAGAAAUCGUCACCGAAGCCUCCGUAUUGUUUAUUGACCUUCGGCGGGAAAACCGAGAGAUUUUGCAAGAGGAGGACAAAAUUAAAUUAGAGACAGAGGCUGCGAAAGCUCCAAUCGAUCAAAUCACAUUGCAACUUCAUAAUUUGCUGUACGAAAAGAAUCACUAUGUUAAGGCUAUUAAGACUUGCAAGGAUUUUAGGUCUAAAUAUCCUGACAUUGACCUAGUGCCUGAGGAAACUUUUUUUCAAAGUGCACCACAAGAACUUCAAUCUGAUCCUGCAUUGCGAGAUGACUCUCAUAAACUUAUGAUACAGCGUCUAAAAUUCGAGCUCUAUCAGCGUAAGGAAUUGCUGAAACAAAAAGACAUCCUAGAAUCUCGAAAGAAGUUGUUGCAAGGGGAUAUCGCUAACCGACGGAAGUUCCUCGGAACUCUUGCUUCUCAUCUUAAAACCUUAAAGAAAGCCACUGUACCAGUUCAGAAUCAGCUGGGGAUUCCACACACCAAGCGGAGCAAGCAGGAUUCUCUUGCAGAGCUUCUACCUGCUCCACUGUAUGUUUUUUAUACGGAGCUGUUGUCUCACAAAGAAGUUUUUGGUGAAGCUAUAGAUUUGGAAAUUGUCGGGAGUAGCAAGGAUGCUCUUACAAUGGCAAAACAGCUUGCACUGAAGGAGGCUGGUAGGAAGUCGGCAGGCAGCACUGGAGGAAGACGUGAUCAGGAAUUUGCAGAAGAUGAUGACAACCAAAGGCAGCGAAAACGAGCCAAGAAGCCGCAUGACAAGGAUGCCCUUGAGAAGGACAAUGUGUACCAGUCUCAUCCAUUGACUCUCACAAUCCAUGUAUAUGAUGAAAAGCAGAGAGGGAACAAGCUUCUUACCUUGAAGGUUGAAUUUCUCACGACACUGGAUGUGUUAUGUGUUGGUGAGGAAGGCACGACUUUGGGAGGCGUGUCUCCUGCUUUCUCACUGGCCAACUUGUUUCCCAACGACCCGGGCCUAGAUUUGCCAACGAAGGCAUCAAGGCUACGAGCAGGUUUUGGUUUUGUAUUCGACGCGAAAAGGACAUUACGGCCCUAUAAGUGGGUACAAUAUCUUGGCGGAAAAGACAGUCUUCCCAUCUCUCCUCCACAGGGAAAAGAAUCACGGGUCUAUCGUCAACAGCAUCGGGUUCAGAAUGUUCUGCAGCAUCUUCGAGCUCGUAAAAAAGCUCAAAUUGCAUUGAAAGACCAGCUCGAUUCUCUAGGAAAGUUGAGACGUCCCUCUGUCAAAUCUGAUUCCUCCUUGUCUUGGACUUCCCAUACUCCCAAGACCAUUCUGCAAGCUUGGGCUCAAGUAGACAGUAAAAAUGGAAAGCUGUCGACGAAUGAAACUUCACCUACCAAUAGAAGGCCAUCAAAUAUAAAUUCGCUGACUGCAGAGAGUGACACUGGAAAAGAGGACGGAGAACUCCCGUCUACUGGUCCGACCGACAUGGAUGUUACAAUGAGCAACACUAAACCUGCAGUUGACACUUCUGAAAUUAGGAGGGAUGUUACUGAAGGUGCAGAUAGUAUGGCUGUUGAAGGAACAGAACAGGGUGAAGACACGGCUAAGGAAAUCACGAGUGAUGAGACACGAGCUACUACAGGUUCUGAGGGAGAGACUAGGCAGCAAGAUGUUGAGAUGGCAGAAGCUAAAGCACCCAACGCAGAAGAGGAAACAGUACUUCCUUCACCAGAGAACACCCCAGGGGCUCGUACAUUCAGGGCUGUGCUACGCAGAGAGAAUGGAGCCUCUGGAAAGCGUGUCGAGUUGGAGGCGCAGGUAACAAUUGGUGUGGACUAUCCUACUCGAGCACCUGAAAUUCGACUAAGAUUUCUAUCAGGAGCUCCUGAAAAGAAGCCGCAGCCAACAUCAGAUGGCGGUGGUGAUUCGGCAAUGGUACAACGUGAUAUUCGAGUUGUAGAAACGGAGGUGAAUAAUGUCGUGCCUGAGAAACUACCAGCAAGGGAACGAAAUUAUGUGUUGGCUCAUCAAAUUCUGUCGCUGAUGGGACAAUUUGAUAAGUUUUGAUGUGAAAUAGUUGGCUAUCUGAAUUUACUUCACUUGAUCUUCUGAAGAAACAAAGCAUUGUUAUUGCAGAACCUGAUUUUUGAUUGACUGGCAAAUAGCGCUAAAAGCAGAAACCAAGUCUACGCUCAGUGAAUCCGCGCAACUAUAUGAGUGGGUCAUCGAGUUAUUCGAUUCUGUGGUUCACGAAGUUGCUAAUUGGAAGAAGUAGCAAGUCGGUCAUCAGAAACGAGUCUCUGUAAAGUGGGUGCUAGAAGAUUUGGACACAUUUUUAGAUCCCCACCCAUGAUUGAUAAUCGCCAUCCAAGGACUUUCAAACUUUCAUUU